UGAUUGCAGAGCAAGGGAGCCAGCUAACGAGCGACCCGGACCCGGUUCGACCCCCCGGUCGCCCGCGAAGUCGCCGACGGGCGCUGAUGGCGCCGGCGGACUCGAGCAGCGGUGAGAGCAGCGAGGAGGAAGACUUGGAAAGUGGAUGGAAAGAGCAGACGAAAGCGCGCUUGAAACGCGUGGGCUUUGUCUUGGAAGAGCCCUCGGCCCGAUGGACGACAUUCUUUUCGACAGACACUGCAAGUGUGUUGCAAAACAUGCAGAACGUGGCCUUCGGAUUGAUGCUUCUGGCCUUGAUCGGCUUCGUCUUCGGCCUGCUAGGCAUCAUUGCCCAUGACCGGCUGCUCUCUUGGAACAGCUUCCUCCUCUGUUUCACAGCCUUCGGCACAGCGGUGACCGUGGGCUCGGACCCUUGCUUCCUGAAGCACCUCCGCGAUUCCGUGGCGCUGCUGGGUUUUCAAAAUCGCCGGCUACAGGAGAGCAACGGCAAGCUUGAAACGCAAAUCAAGGAGCUCAGUCACAUCUCCAACUCUUUAGACAAGGUGAAGGGCCAACUGAACAAUGAUGCAGAGGCGACCCACGAUUUGUUGGUUGCCCUGCAACAUCAAGGGAGGGUGCAGGCCGUUUCGUCCUCGAUUGGCCUCUUCUUCGUGGCUGACCGAGAUAAGUCGGGCAUUUUGGAUCCCAAGGAGGCUGAAGUCUUUUUGCUGGGCUUUUCUCAUUUGUGGGAUGUGAUUCCGGACUAUCCUCAAGAGCAGCUGGAACAUUUGCAACGCGAUGUGCCGUUCCAGCUGUAUUCUAGGCUUCUACAAGCAGUUGUGAAAGAAGACGCCCAGACUUGCAGCCAGAUACUGGAUGAGCUUUGCGAGGACCCCAAUGUUCAGAUCGUCCAGGAGGUCCUCGACCUCCGAGGCCCCCAACGCUUCAAGAAGGAUCCCAACAGCUCUGAGAGCUCCGAAAGCUCCGAGGAGAGUGGACCUGAGGAGCGCGACAAGAUGAAACCUUGGUUUACGCUGGGGCUUUUGCAGAUCUGGGGAAGGCUGCAUUUGAUGGCCAUUCUACUCUCCCUGGUGGCCAUUGUGCUGUGGACCUUGGACUUGGUUUGCUUCAACUGGAAAUGUCUCUGGAUCGCCAGCCUCUUGCUUCUCCUGAGCUUGGGCUUGGCAUUGCAGGGGCAGCUGGUGGUGAUUGCACAAGAACUGCGAAAGAGGAUUUAUCAGUACAAGGAGGAGAACGAUCGGUUGAAGGUGAAUGUGGAGAACAUGCGCCGAGAGGUCUCCACAUUGCGGCUGACGGCCAAAGGUUUGGAAAGCCUGCAGACCAGGUUUAAUGGCAAUGCUCAGCAAGCCAAACGGAUGCUGAAACACGAGAUCGCCCAAAGUAAGACCUCGUUGGUCUCGGCCAUGCUGGAGACCUUUGCGCGUGCAGAUAGCGACGAAAAUGGGGUCUUGGAGGGCGAGGAACUGUUGGAGUUCUUCGGCACAGUUGACCAGGUCUGCAAGGACAUCCCGGGGGUAGCGGCACAGGUGCGCGAGAUCCAGCGGGAGGCCUUUCAGCAUGGCUUGAAGACCAAGCAGAUCCAUGAGCUCGUUGAGCGCAUCGUCCGAUUGCCCUGAGACGGCGGAGGGAAUGGUUUUUACGCCGGAACGGCGGCGUGUCCGAGCCUGGUGGAUCCUGAAGCGGAGCAAACGGUGG